AAGAACAAGAAGAUGAGCUGCAAUGGAUGUAGAGUUCUCCGAAGAGGAUGCAGCGACAAAUGCGCCCUUAGGCCCUGUUUGGGCUGGAUCCCCACUCCCAAGCUCAAGCCAACGCCACUCUUUUCGUCUCCAAGUUCUUCGCCGCAGUGAUCUCAUGUCCUUCAUCACCGCCGUCCCCGACUCCAAAAAACCUGCUUUAUUUCAGUCGCUGUUAUAUGAAGCAUGUGGUCGUACGGUGAAUCCGGUGAGCGGAGCGGUAGGGCUAUUGUCGACUGGGAACUGGCCAGUGUGUGAAGCGGCGGUGGAAACAGUCCUCGCCGGCGGAACGCUGCGGCCUAUGAACGGUGUCGGAGUAUUGAGUCCUGAUUCGAAUGAAGCCUCGGAAGCAUUCUGUAACAGCGGCGGCUUGUGGAGAGUUCAACCGCCGUUUUUCAUGCAUGGAUCGGACGGUGAUGAAAUGAUGGUUGAAUUUGAAUCUGAUCAGAAUAUGUCUGCGUCGGCCUCGUUUCGGUCGUCGGAGGCGUCUGACGUGUGGGGGAGUUUUGGAAGCUGUGGUAUUGAAGGAGUUGGUGGAAAAGAGCCAAAGCUUUUGAAUCUUUUUGUGUAAUUUCGCUGAAUUUUGUGGCGGUAGUUACUAGCAUAUGACUAACGAGUGAACUCGGAACUCGGUUAUUUUGUAGCAUGUGGCUGAGUUCUGGAACCCGGUGAGUCGAGAAUCGGCUAAUUGUUGUGGUGGUCUGAGCUGUUAGCUGACCUGUUAUGACUAUUUUUGCUUUUUGGCGAAUAAAUAAUUCUAAUGGACUACUACUAAU